AUGCCUGUUCAAGACGACACGCUACUGAGCGGUAUCUGUCUGGCCGUUUACUACGCUCCGAACAGGGCGUUGUUUGGCCAGACGGUGCGGUUCUACGAACAAGUGCUGGGGUUCGAGGUUGCCCAGCACGACGCAGACUCCUGUGUUUUGGAGAUCGAGGCUGCUCACCAGGAAGCAACCACCAUUGAGAUCAAGGUGGACGCCUCCAGAGCCAUCGCAGCAGAGAAAGUCGCCGCCAACAUCGACCAUCUGUUGAAGAAGGAACAAGAGCUUGACUGGAGAACCCUCCAGCGCAACGUUUGUUUCACUACGGCCAAACUGGACACGUUGAUCCAGCGACUCGAGGCAGCCAGCGUGCCGUUUCAGACCCGUCCAGACAAGCUCAAUGCGUACGAGGUGUACGUGGUGGACCCGUUGGGGGCUGUUGUUGGGUUCACUGACGUUGCAAACACCAUUGGCACCAGCCAGUACUUCCGGUGCAAAGAGCCCGAGCAGCCGCCAGACACCGCCAGCAGCGCCGAGUCGGUGCUCAAGGCGGUGGCCACGGCCAAAAACAUCGCCGUCAUGACUUCGGGCGGCGAUGCUCCAGGAAUGAACGCAAAUGUCAGAGCAAUCAUCAGAGCUGCCAUCUACAAGGGGUGCAAGGCGUACGCUGUCUACGAAGGGUACUCGGGUCUUGUCAAAGGCGGGCCGGAGUAUAUCCGGGAAAUGCAUUGGAACGACGUGCGUGGAUGGCUUGCUGAAGGUGGUACCAAUAUCGGCACAGCCAGAUGUAUGGAGUUCAAGGAGAGAUGGGGCCGGUCCGCAGCGUGCAAGAACAUGAUCGACGCAGGUAUCGACGCUCUGAUCGUGUGUGGCGGAGACGGUUCUCUCACGGGCGCAGACCUGUUCCGUGCAGAAUGGCCGUCCCUGAUUAAGGAGCUCCACGAAACAGGGAAAAUCACCACCCAGCAGUACGAGAACCACAAGCAUCUCAACAUUUGCGGUACUCUGGGCUCCAUCGACAACGACAUGUCGCUCACAGAUGCCACGAUCGGCUGUUACUCGUCGCUGGCGCGGAUCUGCAAAGCCAUCGACUAUAUCGACGCAACAGCCAAUUCCCAUCAGAGAGCGUUUGUGAUCGAGGUCAUGGGCCGUCAUUGUGGAUGGCUCGCCCUUAUGGCAGGUAUCGCCACCAGCGCAGACUAUCUGUUCAUUCCUGAAAAGCCAUCUUCCCACAAAGACUGGUCAGACCACAUGUGCGAGAUCGUGGCAGCUCACAGAGCCAGAGGCAAGCGGAAGACCAUUGUCAUUGUGGCCGAAGGUGCAAUUGCCUCCGACCUCACCCCGGUCACCUGCGAGGACGUGAAGAACGUUCUUGUUGACCGGCUCGGGCUGGACACCAGAAUCACCACUCUGGGCCACGUCCAAAGAGGAGGUAAUGCCGUGGCCUACGACAGAAUCCUUGCCACCAUGCAGGGAGUCGCUGCUGUGGAUGCGGUUUUGGAAGGAACUCCAGAGAUUCCUUCGCCAAUGAUCUCCAUCAUUGAGAACAAGAUUGUGAGAAAGCCAUUGGUGGAGGCAGUGAAGCUCACCAAGUCGGUGGCCGAGGCUAUCCGUAGCAAGGAUUUUGCCAAAGCCAUUUCUCUUCGUGACUCCGAGUUCGUGGAACAUCUGCACAACUUCAUGGCCAUGAAUACCGCAGACUUCCGCGAGCCUUCUCUCCCUGUUGAGCAACGCAAGAAGAUUGCAAUCAUCAACGUGGGUGCGCCAGCAGGAGGAAUGAACUCGGCCGUGUACUCGUUUGCCACGUACUGUUUCUCGCGCGGCCACACUCCAUAUGCUAUACAUAACGGGUUCACUGGACUCGCGAGACACGAUGCCGUGCGAACGCUGGACUGGCUCGGCGUGGAAGGAUGGACUUCUAUCGGAGGAUCAGAAAUUGGAACCAACAGAAAGACCCCCGAGGAGGCAGACCUGGGAACCAUUGCAUACGAGUUCAGCAAGUACAAGUUUGACGGGCUGGUCUUGGUGGGUGGUUUUGAAGCGUUUGUUUCUCUCAACCAGCUGGAGAAAGCCAGAGCCAACUUCCCAGCGUUCAGAAUCCCAAUGGUUCUCAUACCUGCCACCAUCUCGAACAACGUCCCAGGUACCGAGUAUUCGCUUGGAUCCGAUACCUGUUUGAACUCUUUGGUGGACUACUGCGACGCUAUCAAGCAGUCUGCAGCAGCCACCAGAAACAGAUGUUUUGUGGUGGAAUGCCAGGGUGGUAACUCGGGUUACAUUGCGUCAUAUGCUCAGUUGUGCUGUGGAGCUACAGCGUCGUAUGUUCCUGAAGAAGGAAUGAGUUUGACCCAGCUGGCCCAGGACAUCGAGACGCUCAAGGUGUCCUUUGCCAAUGAUCAGGGCAAGUCCAAGUCGGGCCGUCUUAUUCUCAAGUCGGAGAAGGCUUCCGACGUGCUGACCACGAAAACCAUUGCAGAUAUCAUCAACUCCGAGGCUAAGCAGCGGUUCGACGCCAAAACCGCAAUUCCUGGACACGCGCAGCAGGGUGGCAUUCCUUCGGCCAUUGACCGGACUAGGGCUGCCAGAUUUGCGAUCAAGGCUGUCCAAUUCGUGGAGCAGAACAACGAUAUUGCAUGCAACGCAGAGAACGAGUUUGGAGAGUUUCUGAACUCCCCAGCGGUCUCCAACACCGCCUGUGUCUUGGGAAUAGAGCGGUCUCACGUCAAGUUCACUGCGAUCAGACAAUUAUACGAUUAUGAAACCGAAGAGGGAAAGCGCGUUCGGAAGAACAUCUUCUGGAAGGACAUCAGGGACAUCAGUGAUUUGCUUGUUGGCCGUGUUAGUGUUGGCCAUUAA